GGCCGCUCAGGACACCUGGGUUCCCACCCCAGUGCUGGGAGGGGAGGGGGUCUGGGAACCAGGACUCCCACGUCCCCUCCCGGCCGAGAGGGCAGCAUGAGCACGCUGAUGUUCCCCACUCUCUCCCGGGGCAGGUACGACCCAUCCCACAGCUACGUCCAGCUGGGCAGCCGGAGACUCGGCCGUGGGACCUACAAAGAGCAGAUCGUCUUCGUGUAUCGGGCGGACCUGGUGACGGUCACGGACUGGUGCCAGUUUGGGGAGGCUGGAGACUUUGCCCGGGGACCCUUUGCCGCCCGCUUCCAUGCGCCCAGCACAGCCCCCCAUCCCCCAUGCUCCAUCAAGGACUUUGUGCUGCUCUCGCAUCAUGCCAGCCCCCGGCACGCACCCCACGAGAUCGCUCAGCUCCACCGGGUCUGCCAGGAAUUGAGCCAGCGCUGGGGAACCCAGAACGUGAUGGUGCUGGGGGACUUAAAUGCAGGGGGGGUCUAUGUGCCCCCCAGUGCCUGGGGGUCCAUCCAGCUGCGCUGGGAUCCCCGCUUCCACUGGCUGAUCGGGGACAGCGUCAACACCACCGUGCGAACCCAGACCCACUGUGCAUACGACAGGAUCGUGGUCCAGGGGGACGAGCUGCUCAGAGCCGUGGUGCCCGGCUCAGCCAAAGCCUACAACUUUGCCAGGAGCCUGGGGCUGUCGGAGGAGGAGGCCCUGCAGGUCAGCGACCAUUACCCCGUGGAGGUGAACCUGCGCCUGGCCAGCCGGACACCGCGGGAGCUGUGAGCAGCCCACAGGGCCAGGACCUGCCUCCAUCCCCAUCACCGGGGGGCCCAAGCUGUCCCACAUCAGCCCUGAAGCCGCAGCACCGGAGUUCAGUUACUCCAGGCCCUGCCCCCCACACCACCAGGGCAUCCUGCCCCAUGCUGCCCCCCAGGGAAGUGUG